AUGUCUGCUCAAGAGGAACUGCGACUGGGCUUAUUUGACUUGGCUCGCGCUAAGUUAAUCGAAGCACACAAGCUUAUGGACGAAGCAUGUGAACUCAUUAACCAGGGCCUUGAUAAUCUUAAACCAGAAAAGUCAGCCGCUGAAAAGUUGUCAAAAACCCUAGACUCGGAUGUUCACGUUGGCAGCACGAUUAAGUUGAACGUCGGUGGAAAGAUAUAUAAAACAACACUAGAGACCUUGAGAAAAGAUCCGGAUUCUAUGUUGUGUGCGAUGUUUUGCGGGAGGCAUAAAGUGAAACCAGACGCCGAAGAUGGGGCAUAUUUUAUUGACCGCGAUGGUAAACUUUUCAGGUAAGUUUGCGUGUGCCAUAGAACGUAAAGGGAAACUGACGAACUUUACCCUCACUGAGAAGUAAAAGAAACGAUACACUUUCUCCGUGAGCAGAACUGCGGAGUAUUGCCUUGCUGUUACUAGGUUCUAUUCAUUAUGACGUUUGAAAUAAUAUUCCUUGAGUGAGUGCGUGUGGUAAUAACGUGUUUGUGUAUGUGUGUGCGCUUAUGAUCUUAUCCUUGAAAAACGUAAUAUUUAACACGCAAUAACAGUGGAAUGGAUGUUCGGGAUCAUCGUUUUAAAAACCGCUCGUUUCCGUCCAGCGAUUAGAAAUUAAAACUCCACUCCAGGAAGCGUCUUCGAAAAAAAAACGCCGUUUAAGAUGAGAAAGAAGAAAAGCUCCCUGUCUUUUUUUUUUUUUUUUUUUUUUUCUUCUUUUUUUUAAAUUGGAUAUGAGGGGACGCCCGGACUUUACCGUAGACGAAGCCCAACGUGCGACAGCAUAGCGAGCGUCCGUCACGUGAUUGCAACAUCUCUUAUAAUAGCGACUUCUUGUCUGCACGUGCUGGCAACACGUUUUUCCUUUUUCCUUGCUUGGUGGCCAUAUGUAGAGUUUCUACAGAAAUGAUUCGGUGACUAUUACAAUUUGAAGGAUUCUUCCUGCCAGGAGCACGCAAAUGUUAAAAACCGAAAUACCAUAUAUAAGUUGAAAUUUCGAAAACGUAAGUUUUUGAAUCUGUUUUAUGCAAAUCUUCGACUGUUUUAAUUGAAUGUUUACACAAGUGAACGUUGCUAGCAGCAUGAAUUCUAACAUCAGGAGCCAAUAUUUAAUACUACGAACGAAUAUCGAUUUCUGGCGUUACUGCUAGUGCAAGUCGAACAACACUCAAAAUAAGUACGAGCAAAUCGAGAUUGUAAACAAAAAAACUGAGCUAAACUAAUUCGAUAAAUAUUAUCAUAAACGCGAAAAUUUCAAAACACGACCCUUCCGAGUAACGUGCGUUAUUCGAAAGGUAAUGCCAAACCCUCAGCCUCCCUUCACAUUUUGUAGCGAAUGUGACUAAAAACAUGGUUGUUUGUGCGAGGACUGAUUAUUCACGAAACGGACUGAAAGAAAGAGCUUCUAACAAAUAACAAUUGAAAAAAUAGAUUGCCAUGUCAGCGGUUACAUAGAAAACGGAGCACGCAUUUGUCCUUCGAUUCUACAACAUUAAAAAUUUUGUUUUGUUUAUUUCUAACCUAGUAAAUAAUAAAUGUUACGCUUAGGUACAUUUUGAACUAUCUUCGAAAUGGCGAGCUCCUUUUCCCAGAAAACAAAAUUCUCAGGAAAGAACUACUUAACGAAGCCGACUUUUAUCAGAUUCAAGGGAUAAUCGCUCAACUAAGUGAAAACCUAACCAAACUAUCCAAAAUAAUAAAGAAUGAAGAUCAUGGCUUCACUGUCAUGUCAUGGUUGCCUCCUUGUGCUUCUUGUACCUUGCUGUUCCGAGCCAGGAUCGACGGAAAGACUGCUGCGGACUUUCACCGUUACUGUGACAACAAAGGGCCUACUCUUAUAGUAAUACAAAGUGGAGUAUAUAUCUUUGGCGGCUACACAUCAAAGUCAUGGACAUCACGUAUGUGCUCCAUCAAUUUGUAAAAUAUUUCAGACUUAAGAUUUAUACCAGUAGAGAUAAACCUUGUCACUUGGGUGUACAUGGCGUGCAUCAUCAUUAUCAACAUCGUCAUUAUCGUCAUCAUCAUCAUCAUCAUCAUCAUCAUCAUCAUCAUCAUUAUCACCAUCACCAUCGUCAUCAUCAUCAACAUCAUCGUUAUCAUCAUCAUUAUCGUCAUCAUUUUAAAGGGGCUGUGUCACGGCAGUCCAGUUCAUUUUGUUUAAUUUUGCCAAUUACUCGCCCUCAAUCGCUAUGGAAAUCAAAGUAAGCAAAGAAAUUACAUGUAAAUGACAAAAUCAGACAUCCGAGACAAACAAAUAUGUCUCCUGAGCAUUAUUUUUGAAGUUGCAAGCAGCAUGGAUCAACUUUGAAACACUGUUAGGCUGAACAGUUUUCAAAACCCCUAAUUUUAAUCCGUUUUAAUCUUCUUCAGUUUUGCCCAUCCGUGGCAUCUGGUGAUUCUGUUAUGUUAUUUUAACCUUCCUUUAAAGUUUUAAACGGUUAUUUUUAUGUUUCUCUGAUCUUAAUUUGACUUGCAUUUGUAAUUUCCUAAUUUGGCUGAAUUUCAUGACACAGCGCCUUUAAACGGUAAAUGCCCAACAAAAGGAUUUCGGUUCAGGAUUUUCGCUCUUUUGUAAAGGAAACAAAACUCUACCUAAAAGAGCAAGUACUAUUUUUUUUUUCUUAGGAAGAUUAACAUCGAUUAUAUUCAUAUAAACCAAGCAACGCAGUACUACAUUGUUGAAACUGAGAGGGAUUGGUAUCAUUCAAUCCAUCCAUCAAUCAAUCAAUCAUCAAUUACUUUUAAUUUCAAUUAACAAUUCUAUUAUUGAUCAAGUAUAAACUAUUUUUCCUGAACUGCAAACUAAUAUCCAUUGUAUACAAGGUUUAGAAAAUCUCCUAAGCAAUUUCUUUUGAAAUGUUGGUGCUUAGGUGUGGGGGGAAGAGGGCUUGCAUUUUGGCUGUUUUAUUCAUUUAUUUAUUGUUUAUUGUUUAGCUUCCUCCUUAAUCACCUUUGCUGACACUGACUCCUUCUUGUUUACACUGGUCAAUCCUGCUGGGAACCAACCGGUAAAGCUUACCUCAAAACCAGGUGGCGGAAUACGAUGCUGUAGUGGUAGGGGACCAGCUUUCGGUAAUAAGAGCUACUACGACCUCAAAAUUUGGGACGGAAAUCAAGCAGGUUACCUUGAUCUCGGCUACGGUUUCAACUUUCCCAGUUCCGAGAACAAAACAGGAUACUUCACUGGCUCUGACGGUUUUGUGGUCACGGAAUUAGAAGUUUAUAAAGUGGGGUUUAAGAGUAAACUUAGCACUUGA